AUGACCAUGACCCUAGACGCUUCUCAACAACAGCGCUUCGCGCCUCCGUUGAACUUUGACUAUCCUCACCACCACGGGCAACAACCAACUUUUUCGAACCCAUGGUCCUCUUCAACAUCUCCUCCACAGUCGGCACCCACGGCGGGUAAUCCUUUGUUUGUCGGCAGCCAACACCAAUCUGGCAUGAAUCCCAAUAUGAUGGCUGGUAAAGGACCGGUGGGAAGAGCAGGCAGCAGCAGCACAUCCUCCAUGGCAUCGUACGGCUCUUUACCCGUAGCUUCAACAGGGGCUGAUCUGUUGAGCAUGAACCGUAUGCAAACCACAUCUGCCACUUAUGGUGAUGCUACUUAUGCGACUUCAGCUUCUCCUGUCAAUGGCCACUUCGCGCCUGGGUCUGCUGCUCCUUAUGAUGCCAUUGGCUAUGCACCGGCGCCUCUUCGACAGUCUCACUUCGGCAUUGGUCCUGAGGCAGACUCAGCUCGACGAGGAUUUCCUCAACCGAUGCCUUCUCAUGCUGAUGAGAGAAGGAGCUUUGCUGACGCCUUGGAUGCCAGUCACGGCAUGCUGGCAAUGAGCCAGGAAACUCCACGCAACAUCUACGGUGCCCGAAACGACCGUUCUUCAGUGGACUCUUAUGGAUUUCCCUCUACGCACUCCACCAGCUCCUCAAUCUCCAGCGGCAAUUUUAGUUCAUACUAUGGCGAUUCAGUAUCAGAUUAUUCUUCGGCCGCUGGGUCAGACAUUGAAUCUGUCAACUCGAGAACUCUGCCCAGACCUCAGGGCCUCAUGGGCUCACAGAUCCCCCCAGCGCCUCAAUCUAUGAUGGGACAAUUCAGCUCCAAGGUCUCAUCAAGCACACAAAAGAAGCACAAGUGCAAAGUUUGUGACAAGCGAUUUACUCGACCGAGCUCGUUGCAGACUCACAUGUACAGCCACACUGGCGAGAAGCCGUUUGCCUGUGAAGUAGAAGGCUGUGGACGGCACUUUUCCGUCGUUUCUAAUUUGCGCCGACAUCGAAAAGUUCACCGAGGCGACGCCCGCUCAGAAGCAGGAUCUGAAGACCACCAAUCAGACUGA